AUGAAUUUUAAAUCAUUCCUUUUUAUUUACUUGAUUUUAGCAUUUUUUGAAUCCGCCAUAGCAGGGCCCAUCAAGGUAUUAACACCUACCGAAGAUAAUUUUUAUAACUUACCAGAUGGAUAUGAAGAUAAAGAGCCUGGGACAAUAUUAAAAAUUAGAAAGCCACCCCAACAACUUAGAGGUAUUUAUUUCCCCAUCCUGGUUAAAGGAGCUUGGCAAGCGUUAGUAAGAACAACAGACUCACAUGGAAAUGCUACUGCCAUAGUGACCACAAUUAUAGAGCCAUUUAAUGCUGACCCCAGCAAGGUUGUUUCUUAUCAAAUUAUGCAAGAUUCUGCAAGCGUAGAUUGUUCACCUUCAUAUUCUUUCUUGUAUGGUGCAUCGAUGAACACUGUUUUUGCCCAACUUGAAAUGUAUCUUAUUGAUGUAGCAUUGAUGAGGGGAUGGUAUGUGAUCAUCCCAGAUUACGAAGGACCAAAAGCUUCUUUCACAGCUGGAAAACAAUCUGGGCAAUCUACGUUGGAUUCCAUAAGGGCCACUUUAAAAAGUACUAAUAUUACUGGUAUCAAAGAAGAUGCAAAGGUAGCUAUGUGGGGCUAUUCUGGCGGAACAAUUGCUACUGGAUGGGCUGCUGCUUUGCAGCCAACAUAUGCUAAAGAAUUAAAGUCUAACUUGAUUGGUGCAGCAAUGGGUGGGUUCGUUACUAAUAUCACGUCCACUGCAGAGGGCGUGGAAGGUACUCUUUUUGCUGGUUUAACGGCAAGUGCAGUGGCUGGUUUAACAAAUGAAUAUCCCCAGCUUAAAGCCAUGGUUCCUAAGUUGAUAAUCCCAGACAAACUCGUUGCUUAUAACAAGGCCCAAAAGUUGUGUUUUUUGCCGUCAAUCGUAACAUUUGCAUUUCAAAAAAUUUUCACUGGUCCCAAUAGGUAUGUUAAGCUAGGCUGGGGAUUAUUUAAAGACCCUACUGUUAAAAAAGUCAUCGAUGAAAACACUCUUGCCCUAAAAAAAGGGGGUCCUAUUCCCGAGAUUCCUUUGUUUGUAUUUCAUGGAGAAUUGGAUAAUAUCGUUGCAUACAAAGAUGCAGUGAGAGCAUAUAAUAACUGGUGUGAAUGGGGCAUCGAUUCUUAUGAGUUUGCUAUUGACGAAACAACAGGACAUAUAACCGAAUUUAUAGAAGGAACACCGGCAGCCAUUGCUUGGUUAACUAAGAUGUUCAAUGGGGAGCCACCAGUAAAAGGUUGCAAGAGCACCAAAAGGUUCACCAACCUCUUGUACCCAGGUGCAAACACGUCUGUCGCAGAUGUGCUCUCAGGUUCAGUGAAAACCGUAUUAGGUGAAAACUUUGGUCCAAAUGCCGAAAAUAUUGAUAACGGUGGUAGAAACGCUACUCAUGUUAAAAGGUCUUUAGAAGGAUUAGGAGUAUCUUUGGAUUAUCCAAUCGAAGCCUCCAUGUAG